GGGUCCCACAGGAAGAGCUGGAUGAAGUGGCUGGGGAGAGGGAAGUCUGGGCUUCCCUGCUUAGGCUGCUGCCCCCGCGACCCGACCUCGGAUAAGCGGAAGAAGAUGGAUGGAUGGAUGGAUGGUGUUAAAUAUGUUUUAUUAAUAUGUUUUUGUAAAGGGGUUUAACAUCCCAUUGGAUGUGGAUAAUACUCUUUUAAUAUCAAUUUGAUAGUAACUACAAAACCAGUUUCAAGACCAGUGGUUCUCAAAACCUUUCACCAAGUACCACCUCAGAAAAUGCCUAGUUCCCCAAGUGCCAUCAUAAUAACCAAUAUUAAAAUACAGUAGCAUAGUAGGCCUACAUAUUCUUGGAAAAAAACAAGGCACAGUUUCAACAGUAACACUGCGUUUUGAAUAUUUAAUUAAGUGAUUAUUUGGCACACCACUAGAUACAGCCCACGCAUUAGUCCCUGUUCAAGACCAUUAAAUGAUUUUUUUUUAAUUUUGGGCUUUCAUUUGUAGAAUAUGCUCAUAAUUAGAAUAAAACACAGGACAAAUAUUUUAUUAAAAAAAUAUCUGACUUUUUUUUUUUAUACGACAAUGUACUGAGAGCAAUAUAAUAAAACAAUAACAGUACUAUUCCUUUUCUUACAUGUAAUUAUUUCAUCACGACAAAAUCCAUACUGCAACAAAAACAUAUAUUUAUGAAAAGAAGCAUAGAAAAUAACUGAAAAAUGGUAUCAAUAAUCUUCUUCUGAGACCUUGGUGGGGCAUAAGCCAUCAACAACUCCCCACCAUCGUCCUGUGUCCUGGGCCAUCCUUUCUAUGACCGGUCUGCUUGUCAUCAAGCUGCUGGUCCCUCCUCCACAUGUUCCUCGGUCUUCCUGGCUUUCUAUCCCCCUGUGGAUUCCAGGUCAGGGCCUGGCCCCGGGUGUGAUGUUAGAUGUUGGUUUCCUCAGGGUGUAGCCGAUCCAACCCCAUCUUCUCCCCCUGAUCUCUUCCUCCACUGGUGCAUGGUUUGUUCUUUGCCAGAGAUCUGUCUUGCUGAUGGUUUCCGGCCAGUGGAUGUUGAGGAUCCUUCUCAGACAGGAAAUGAUGAACGUCUGUACUCUCUUGGUGGUGUUUUUUUGUUGUUGAUCGCUGUGUUUCAGAUCCGUACAGCAGGACAGAUUCCAUGUUCGAGUUGAACAGGCGAAUCUUGGUGCGCGUUGUGAUGAGUUGGGAUCUCCAGAUGAAGGAUGUCCUUGCCUUUCCAAUACGGGGUUUCACGUCCGUGUCCGUUCCUCCCUGUUGGUUCACCACACUGCCUAGAUACGUGAAGGUCUCCACUUCUACCAGGCAAACGCUGAAGAUGCAAACUUCAACCUCCUCGCCAGAGAUUAACACGACAUCGCCUUCCAGCGUCACCAAAUCCAAAGAUCAGAUUCUCAUCCAGAGUUCUGGGGCUAUGAUUGCAGUCAUCGUCAUCGGUAUAAUCAUCAUUCUCGCCAUUCUGCUCCUUGUCCUAAAGACGUACAACAAGCGUACCCACACGUCCCGACUCCUCGGGUCCAGCGGGGGUUCCAAGCCUCCUAAAAAGCCGUCCCAGUCCACGACCCCCAUCAUACCCAUGGACACCAUCGGCGUCAGCUCCGUGUCAGGCAGCCUCCCUUACUCAAACCCCAGCUCAGAGACCGGCUUUCACUUCCCAAGAGCGGAGCUGAGCUCUGCAGAGGGCAACCACAUAGAACAGUACAGCAUCAACAGCGGCUCCACGGUGGUCACCAUCCAUGAUACGUCCGGAAACACAUAGCAUCGGGUCCCAUAAGACCCCCUGAUUGACUGACGUACGGCCUUUAUCGACUGAAUGUGUUAAUGUUGUCAGUGCCAGACAAAAACAUACAAUGUGAACAAAACAACACCCCAAGUAGGCACGGAGUAUCAUGAAGGAUGUGAGAAGACACACAAAUGAGGCUGCUUUUUUUUUUUUUCAAUGUCAAAUGUGUGCACAUGACACACGAUGAAGAAAACACUCUUGACAAUGUUGGUCUUAACUGUGAACAUUUCUGUAUUCAAUAUGGCGUCACUUGCGUCCGUCAGUAGGAUUAAUUUAAGAGCAGAGACAAAAACAAUAUGACGUUCGGUGACCUUGUUUAUCCUGCCUCCUGGAUGCUUUGUGAACCACACGCAUUCUUUCUUGGAUCGGAAAUACUUUCAAGCAUUUUUUUUCAAUCACUUAUUUGUUUUGCAAUACAUUCACGUACCGAAUGCCAACUUAUUUUGCACUUUAUUUCCAUCGCUCUAUACAUUUGUAUUGUGUCUAUUAUCUUUGGAUGGAAUUAAAACAAACAGCAUGUUUUGACGUGUGGCAUCUUUUAGAUUAGAUUAGUUUAUUUCAAAGGGGACAAUGCAAUUUCAUAAAACACAUGACUACACGUGGUUAAAAAAAAGCCAGAAUUAGCCAGAAGGCUAGUUUUCAUCUGUAGUCCCCUGGCCAUGAUGUAAAAAAAAAAAAAAGGCAGUAAAAUUACAAUUUAAAAUAAAAAGAAAAUAAUUGUAUUUUAUCUGAUUAUUAUUGUUGCUUAAAUCAGGCCUUAACAAGGAAUAAUUGUGUUAUUGCGCCCUCUGCUGAC